AUGGCUACAGCCUUGCCGAAAGAUCCGAGCGCUGGCUCCAUCUCGCACGAGGUUGAGGAGGCCUCAACACCCCUCACCCAUGGUGUUCUCUUGCUCUCCCGCCGACUCCCGCAGCGCUUUCAGGAUGCUUCAACCCAUCCUGUUUACAGUACUCACGAUCCUGGCAACACUCCGAUGAACACUGUAGAGGAAGAACAGAGCGUGCUGCGCACCGUCAAAAGCGCCAGCCACAUCCAGGCGUCACUUCAACCACAUCGCCGAUCAGCAACCGGCUGCCGCCCCACCUCCGUCCGGCUCCUCGCGGAAUCGCGUAUGCGCCCCCAGCGGGAGCUUGUCUCUGCCUCGCAGCCUCUAAUUGGCCGACAGCGAGUCAAGCUGCAUGAGCAAGCAGGCCGGCUUACCCUCGUGCUCAGCGCCCUCUCCCUCCCCACCCACCUCCUCUCCGCGAUAGCACUCCAACACCUGCCCACCGACCCGCUCCACCUCGGACUGAACUUCUCGCUCUACUGCAUCUGGGCCGCCGCGUUGUCGUUUCUGGGACUUGUUGGAGCUGUGAAGCGCUCCCCGUCCCUCACAACAAUCUUCUCCCACCACCUCCUCCUCGACGCCCUCAUUUCCACCAUCCCCCGACUACUCCUCCCCGCCUUCGCCUCCCUGCCGCGCACCCUCUGCGCCGGCAUCGAGUACCAGCGCACCAUCCUGCCCCCGCGCGACGCCGAGCAGAUGCUGGGCUUCUGGACCGCCGAGCGGUGCCGCGCGAGCCUGUGGGUUUUACAGAUCGUGAUCGGGCUAGUCGUGGUGGCCAUGACGGGCGUGCAGUGGUGGUGUGCGCUGCGGGUGCGGGGGUAUGCCAAGUUUCUGGAGUUUGAGGGGGGGCGGAAGUCGGGGAAGGGGAGGGUGAGAUCAGUGGACGAGGAAAAAGGGCGCGCGGGGAGGCGGGUGAGGUUUGUGGAUGAGGUGGAGGUGGAUGGGGAGAAAGGGGGCGUGGGGUGGGAGGAGGAUACAAGGAGGACACGGUUGAUGUGUGCGGAUAUGAGGAUGAAAUGAGUUGGGAACGGUUGAUCUAGAGACGGUUGAUGAGCUGGAACGCCGUCGCUGCUUGGAUAGUGGGUAUCGUCGUAGAAAGAGACGAAAUGAAGAAAUAUUACAAUUUACCAUUAAGCGUGUUGCUUUCCU